CGGCCACAAUUAGCAGGAGUCGAGCUGUUAAGUAGAGCAAGAGCUCCAACUGGUUUUCUGUCAGUGUCUCAUCCAUCAUUUGACUGGCUGGUAGUUUCUUAUCCAUCGUCUCUCCUAUAUUUGUUAUACUACUCCUGUUUGCUGGGAACUGGCUGCCCAAUAGAAGACGGCCAAAGAUCAGCAUUUGACAUCUCGGUUUUGCUCCUUCUCUUUGACCGAGCGAUGAAUCCAGCAGCAGGAAGGAUGAGCCAGCGUCGACUGCUGCCGCUGCUGCUGUUGCUCUUAUCGAUCGAGUCGGCGAUGAGUCGGGCCCUCUCAUCCGAUGACUGGCAGCGGCUGGCCGGCACGGGGGCCGACGUCCGCUCCGACGCUAUUCUGCCGUGUGUCGAGUCCGGUUCCUGUCGCGGCCGAGAGUUCGGUUCCAUGUCGGAAGACGUUUCGAAAUUCGGAAACGUUCCGCCGUGUAGAUUUCACGGCUGGGUGCGUUGCAUUCAAUCGGCCGGCCCGUCCAUCAGAGAUGCCGCCCACGGCCGCCAGUACCACCAGUCCGUCGCGACUCCCCAAUACUCCCACCAUCAGCAGAAUAAGGAUUCGCUCGCUCAGCAAAGCUCGUCCUACUCAUCUCAGGCUCCAAGAUGGAGCGCACAUCAAUCGACUGGAGAAUACGGGCCGCAUCCGUCGGGUAAGGUGGCGGGACAAGAGCGUCGCAACGAACGGCUCGGUUUGGUUUCGACUAAUACCCAGCGCUCCUUGGGCCAUGAGCAACAACAGGAGCGGCGGCAGCCGUCGCUCUGGCAACCAAAGGAUGAGCGAGAAAUGCAGGAGGAGCGGCGCUCAGCCCUGCUGGCUCAGCACUCUGCUGUUGUCAAAAUUCCGAAAAGCGCCGAAUGGCAAGGAAAUCACCUGAUGCAGGGAGGAGCAGCCGUUCAAUUUCAACAACAUCCCAAUUCCGCUGCCGCCGCUGAUGCUGAUGCUGUCCUCCUUCCGUCAGUUAAUAAGCAGCCGGCUGAGCUUUGGGGUAUUCAAGCAGGAGCCCAACGGAGCCCCAGUCCCGAGUCCCAGGGGCUUACUCAUCAGCCAAUUCAGCGACCUGUCGAAUUCCAACAUCCCCACCAGCCAUUUGAACAAUCGUCUCAGCAGCUUAGCAAACCCUCCAAGUUUACCCAGCAGCAGCAAUUGAUUCAAAAUGAGUUGCCCGGCAACAAUUUCGUUGAGCCUCCGUCAUUCAGCAGCCAGCAGUCGCUUAAUAAACAACAGCAGCAGCAAUCUGCUGGCCAAUUCCGACAAUUGAAUACACAGCCCGGACAGGAAACCUUCAAAACUUCGUCAGCCAACCAGAAUCGUCCCGAUAUUGGCGGCCAACAGUUUGUCGCCGAACCACGGCCAUUCGUCAAAGUCAAUACGAUGCCUGUUGAGUCACAACGGCUGACUAGCGGUACAUUUUUCCAUCAGGUGCCUCCGAGGGUUGAACCGAUUCCGUCCCACUCCAAUCCGUCAUUUAGGCUGAUUGAAGCCGGCCAACAGAUAAUUGAUCCUCGACGUUUGGUUGAACCGCCUCCCCAACGAGGAGCGUUUGAACCUCAACAGCAGCAGCAACAGCAGCAGCAACAGCAGCAGCAGCGGUUUGUCCAAGUUAAUCAACCGGUCACGGAUCCUAUUAAAAAAGAAGAGCCGAAGCAAUUCGCCAGCAGUCAGUCUAAUAGGCAACCACAGACAUUGCCGCAAGCCAAUCAGCCACUCGUUCAACUUCAACAACAAUCAGCCAGGCCGCUCGCUGGCCAACAGCCAAUCAUUGCCGACAAUCAUUUGCGAAUAAACCAACAACAAGGGCCAGUGACGCUACAGACUGGGCCUUUGCAGCAACGGCCUGUGGAACCUCAACGGUCGGCCGAGCCCAGGAAACUCGAUCCUCGUCCACUUGUCAAAUCCAAUUCAUUGGGCGAGUCACCUCAGUUCAUCGAGCCGGCCAAGUCUUCGCUCGGAAACCUUUUCGAAUUCGAUUCCUCGACGGACACGCAACUAGCCCGAGAACAACUGGCAGAAUUGAUCCGAUUGUUGGCCCAAUCGGCCAGCCAGCAGCAAACCGAUCCGAAUCGAGAGGCCACUCCAAAUCCAUCGGCGCCGGCCAGCAGCAGACAAGGCGAGUCCAGCAAUAUUGUCUCGUUCAUAGCCUUUUCGGAACCACUUCCAUUGGAGCCGGCUUCUUCGAAUUCUUUAUUUUAGUCACGCGGAUGCACUCAGCGUUGUGAUUUCAUCCAUCAUAGUUCUAGUUAUACACAAGACAAAGCUUUAGGCCGGCAAUUACCGAAGAUUAGGUUGAUUAAUGGGCCAUUGGUCGUAUAUCUUAGACGUCCUUUUAAUCUAAUCAGUUGGGAGGGGGCGCACAUGUUGGCUCGAUUUCUUUUUUCUUACAAUGGCAAACAACACGGGGCCGCAAUCUCAUUUGCAAUUUGUGUGUGGCGCCGGUGUUGACGCAAGCUAUGCGCUCUUGUUGUCAUAGUAAGAAGAGUAUCAACAAUGGGGUCUUAUAUUAUCAAAGGUAUACAGUAUACACCGGCAUAUACAUCCACCGCUGCUGCUGUUUAUCUCCUCCGUUAUUUGUUAUUCUCUUCAAUAACGCGCCUUUCUCUCUCUCUCUAGUGCUGCUGUUCUUCUUCUUUUUCGUUUCUUUUUCUUCCUUCCCAAUCCAAUUUCGUGUAUUUCUUGCCAUUUCCUAUUAUACGCGACGGUCCUUAUAUUUCUCCUUUUCGUCUUGAAUAACUUUUUGGUCGGCGAUCGUUUUUUCCCCCCCGUGUCGCGUAAAGCCAGAAAAAAAAGAAACAAAGAAACAAAAAACAAGAAUAAAAAACAAACAAAUAUAGUACGGUAGAAUAAUAAUACAAUAACGCGAUUCUCUUGAUGCUCUUGUUUCUCAUAUCUUUUGUACAUUUCGUAUCCAUCAGCAUUUGUGAGUUUGCAGCAUGACUAGCCAUCAGUUCAGCUGUUCCUGAUC